AUGCUUUUCAGGCUUUUGCGAAGCCUUGCAAUACGCCUGAGCGAAAUUGGCUAUUGUCAGAGUUUGAACUUUGUGAUCGCUACCAUGAUACUCGUGUUCCCAGAGGAUGAACUUUCUGCAUUCAAUUGUGCCCUAGCCUUGCUUCUGCGGCAUGCUUUGGUAGACUUGUACAGGCCAAAGUUCCAGAAGCUGGAAGUUGUACUCUGGCAGUUUGAUCGUCUGGUUGAGGGAUUUCUGCCAAAGAUUCAUGCAGCCCUCACAAGACACGGCGUCAGCUCGGAAUACUACGCCAUCCAGUGGUUCUUAACGCUCUAUGCCAGCGACCUGCCACAGCACAUGGUGCGGCGGAUCUGGGACCGCUUUCUGGUCGCUGGGUGGCGAGUCAUUGCUCAAGUAGGGCUGGUCCUGCUCUAUCGAAUCCAAGAUAUCUUGCAGGAUAUGGACACAUGUCAAGCACUGGUUUUUCUGAAGAGGUUCACACGAAAUGCCAAAUUCACUGCAGAUGAGCUACUUGACACAGCAGCCACUUUUAAGGUAUCGCAUCGAAUGCUCUCCGCCCUUGAAGCUGCAUAUGCCUGGAAUGAGCCAUCACAGCUGACUGUCAUCAAAGACCUGAACAGUGGGCAAGUGCACUGGACGGUACAAGCAGCUAGCUUCGAGGAAACCGACGAGCAUGAGGUAUGUUCCUCAGGUUGCAUGAGUGGACGACGCUUGCAGGGCAAAGUCCUGCCGUUCUUGCUCCACAAUCUGGACACUGGUGAGACUACAAUGAUGGAGAAGGCUUUCUCCCAGUACAAGGGUGAGAUGCACCAGCAAGCCCGCGCAAAAGCGGGUCCUGUACAGGCUGGGCCUUCAUCUGCAGAGAUGCCGGGUGUGAGUGCCGAAUUGGAGACCCCAGCAGGUAGCUUCUGGAUGCAGUGCCUUGUCGGCAUUGACCCUAACUAG